UUCUGUCAGUCAGAGGAGGGGUCCCCCCAACCGCGGCCCACCUGUCUUCCGGGUUUCUUUCGCUGGGUGACUCCGUGUCAGCUUGCUGUCCACCGCGAGAGGGCCGUGCACUUUUAGGUAGAAGAUGUCGGAAAGUAACUUGGCACAGCGCAAGGACAGAGACGAGAUGCAGGUGUCUGGUGCUAAAGUCAUCGCCCAGGCCCUGAAAACGCAAGGUGUGAAGUACAUGUUUGGCAUCGUCGGCAUCCCAGUGAUGGAAAUCGCCGUUGCCGCCCAGGAGGUGGGCAUCAAAUACGUUGGGAUGAGGAAUGAGCAAGCGGCUUGUUAUGCUGCCUCCGCGGUUGGAUAUCUGACAGGCAGGCCGGGAGCAUGCCUUGUUGUUUCUGGCCCAGGUCUCAUCCAUGCCUUAGGUGGUAUGGCAAAUGCAAACAUGAACUGUUGGCCCUUGAUUGUGAUUGGUGGUUCCUCUGAAAGCAGUCAGGAGACAAUGGGAGCCUUCCAGGAGUUUCCUCAGGUUGAAGCUUGUAGAUUAUAUAGCAAGUUCUCUGCCCGGCCAAGCAGCAUAGAAGCUAUUCCCUCUAUUAUCGAAAAGGCGGUGAGAAGCAGUAUUUAUGGUCGUCCAGGUGCUUGCUAUGUUGACAUACCUGCAGAUUUUGUGAACCUCCAGGUGAAGGUGAAUUCUGUAAAGUACAUAGAGUGCUGCAUGCCACCUCCUGUUAGUAUGGCAGAAACCUCUGCUGUGUGUAUGGCAGCAUCUGUGAUUAGGAAUGCUAAACAGCCCCUUCUCAUCAUCGGGAAAGGUGCUGCUUAUGCCCACGCAGAGGAGGGUAUCAGGAAGUUGGUAGAGCAAUGUAAAUUGCCUUUUUUGCCCACCCCCAUGGGAAAGGGCGUUAUUCCUGACAACCAUCCAAACUGUGUAGGUGCUGCCAGAUCCAGGGCCUUGCAGUUUGCUGAUGUAAUUGUGUUAUUUGGUGCCAGAUUAAAUUGGAUUUUGCAUUUUGGACUGCCUCCAAGGUAUCAGCCAGAUGUGAAGUUUAUCCAGGUUGAUAUCUGUGCAGAAGAAUUGGGGAAUAAUGUAAGGCCUGCUGUGACUUUGCUAGGAGACAUAAAUGCUGUCACUAAACAGCUUUUAGAACAAUUUGAUAAAACACCAUGGCAGUUUCCUCCAGAGAGCAAGUGGUGGAAAGCUCUGAGAGAAAAAAUGAAGAGCAAUGAAGCUGUAUCCAAGAAAUUAGCUUCCAAGAAAUCCCUGCCUAUGAAUUAUUAUACAGUAUUCUACCAUGUUCAAGAACAACUACCCAGAGACUGUUUUGUGGUAAGUGAAGGAGCAAAUACUAUGGAUAUUGGACGCACUGUGCUUCAGAACUACCUCCCUCGUCACAGGCUUGAUGCUGGUACUUUUGGAACAAUGGGCGUUGGUUUGGGAUUUGCCAUUGCAGCUGCUAUAGUGGCUAAAGAUAGAAACCCAGGACAGCGGGUCAUCUGUGUGGCAGGAGACAGCGCAUUUGGGUUUUCUGGCAUGGAAGUGGAAACCAUCUGCAGGUACAACUUGCCAAUUGUACUUUUGGUGGUGAAUAAUAAUGGAAUUUACCAAGGUUUUGAUAUAAAUACUUGGAAGGAAAUGUUAAAAUUUGGAGAUGCUACUGCAGUGGCCCCUGCACACUCUCUUCUGCCAAACUCACAUUAUGAGCAGGUCAUGACUGCAUUUGGAGGCAAAGGGUAUUUUGUACAAACACCAGAAGAACUCCAAAAAUCCCUGAGGCAGGGGUUGGCAGACACAACUAAACCUUCUCUUAUCAACAUCAUGAUUGAGCCGCAGGCCACGCGGAAGCCCCAGGAUUUUCACUGGCUGACCCGCUCUAAUCUUUAAAUAAAGACGCCAAUGAGUGGUCUUGAGGAGUUUUCUCUUUCCUGUAAGAUGGAACUUUAUUUACCACAGCAAAAUUACUAUAAUGUUAAAGUUGUUGUGCAAAGAAAAAUAAAAAACAUUUCUAAAUGA